GGAAAACGCACGGAGGAGAGGGCAGUAGUGCCCGGCGCUGAACCCCGAGCAGGGAUCACUGGGGAGCCUUUCUGGGAGUGAGGGGAAAUGGGGAGAGUUUUGCUUCGGUGGGAGUAGGUGGUGGACAGGUCGCCUGGGUUUCCUUCUCUUACUUAGCGAUAGGGCCCUCUCCUGUCCGUGCCUCCUUCAAAGCCGGCUGGUGCCCGCUGCCAUGGGGACGCUGCUGCGCUCGGCCCUGCGCCCUCUCCGCCGAGUUGGCGGCCUCCGGGGGGCGGCUGCAGAUGUGCCGCUCCGAGGCGUGCGCCACGGCGCCAACGGCCUGCUCUACCCGGGGCACAUCCCCACUUCCCCGCUGCAGAAGGCGCUGCUGGCCGCCGGCUCGGCCGGAAUGUCUCUCUAUAACCCGUACCGCCACGACAUGGUCGCAGUUCUAGGGGAGACCACAGGACACGGUGCCCUGAAGGUCCUCAGGGACCAGAUGAGGAAUGAUCCAGAGGGUGCUGAGAUCCUGCAGGAGCGUCCCCGGAUCUCUCUGUCUACCCUUGACCUGGACAAGCUCCGUAGUCUGCCUGAGGGCUCCCUUGGCCAAGAGUAUCUGCGUUUCUUGCAUGUAAAUAAAGUCUCCCCAGAUACCCGAGCACCCGCCCGAUUCGUGGACGAUGAGGAGCUAGCCUAUGUGAUCCAGCGGUACCGGGAGGUUCACGAUAUGCUCCACACCCUGCUGGGGAUGCCCACCAACAUCCUGGGGGAGAUCGUGGUGAAGUGGUUUGAGGCUGUCCAGACCGGCCUGCCCAUGUGCAUCCUGGGUGCCCUCUUUGGACCGAUCCGACUCAGUGCCCAAUGCAGAGGUGCCAGCCUCAAGUCUGCAGAUCUUCUGAACCACGUGAAGGCCACAAUGCUGCUCGGGGCAUCCUUGGUGGGGGUGCUGCUGUUUUCCAAGCUGGUGCUGAAACUGCCUUGGAUCCAAGUGGGGUUCUCCCUGCUGUUCCUCUACCUGGGGUCCGGAGGUUGGCGCUUUGUUCGAAUCUUUGUCAAGACCAUAAGGCGUGAUAUCUUCGGCGGCCUGGUACUCCUGAAGGUGAAGGUAAAGGUCCGGCGGUACCUGCGGGAGCAGCGGACGGUGCCCAUUUUGUUUGCGUCUACGGUACAGCGCCACCCUGACAAGACAGCCUUGAUCUUUGAGGGCACAGACACCCGCUGGACCUUCCGCCAGCUGGAUGAUUACUCCAGCAGUGUGGCCAACUUCCUGCAGGCUCGGGGCCUGGCCUCAGGCGACGUGGCUGCUCUCUUCAUGGAGAACCGCAACGAGUUUGUGGGUCUGUGGCUGGGCAUGGCCAAGCUGGGUGUGGAGGCCGCACUCAUCAAUACCAACCUCCGGCGGGACGCUCUGCGCCACUGCCUGACCACUUCCCAGGCCCGGGUCCUCGUCUUUGGCAGUGAGAUGGCCCCAGCCAUCUCUGAAAUCCAAGCCAGCCUGGACCCCUCGCUCAGCCUCUUCUGCUCUGGCCCCUGGGAGCCCAGCACGGUGCCCGCCGGCACGGAGCACCUAGACCCCCUGCUGGAAGAUGCCCCCAAGCACCUGCCCAGUCGCCCUAACAAGGGCUUCACAGAUAAGCUCUUCUACAUCUACACAUCGGGCACCACCGGGCUGCCCAAAGCCGCCAUCGUGGUGCACAGCAGGUAUUACCGCAUGGCCGCCCUAGUGUACUACGGAUUCCGGAUGCGGCCUGACGACAUUGUCUACGACUGCCUGCCCCUCUACCACUCCGCAGGAAACAUCGUGGGAAUGGGGCAGUGCCUCCUCCAUGGCAUGACAGUGGUGAUCCGGAAGAAAUUCUCAGCCUCCCGGUUCUGGGACGACUGUAUCAAGUACAACUGCACGAUUGUGCAGUACAUCGGUGAGCUGUGCCGUUACCUCCUGAACCAGCCACCCCGGGAGGCAGAACACCAGCACCGGGUGCGCAUGGCGCUCGGCAACGGCCUCCGCCAGUCCAUCUGGACCGACUUUUCGAGCCGUUUCCACAUCCCCCAGGUGGCCGAGUUCUACGGGGCCACUGAAUGUAACUGCAGUUUGGGCAAUUUCGACAGCCAGGUGGGGGCCUGUGGCUUCAACAGCCGCAUCCUGUCCUUUGUGUACCCCAUCCGGCUGGUACGAGUCAACGAGGACACCAUGGAACUGAUCCGGGGGCCCAGUGGCGUCUGCCUUCCCUGCCAGCCAGGUGAGCCGGGCCAGCUAGUGGGCCGCAUCAUCCAGCAGGACCCCCUGCGGCGCUUCGACGGCUACCUGAACCAGGGUGCCAGCAAUAAGAAGAUCGCCAAGGACGUCUUCCAAAAGGGGGAUCAGGCCUACCUCACCGGCGACGUGCUGGUGAUGGACGAGCUGGGCUACCUGUACUUCCGAGACCGCACGGGAGACACGUUCCGCUGGAAAGGGGAGAACGUGUCCACCACCGAGGUGGAGGGCACACUCAGCCGCCUGCUGGACAUGGCCGACGUGGCAGUGUAUGGUGUCGAGGUGCCAGGAACCGAGGGCCGGGCUGGAAUGGCUGCUGUGGCCAGCCCUGCUGGCAACUGCGACCUGGAGCGCUUCGCACAGCUCCUGGAGAAGGAGCUGCCCUUGUACGCCCGGCCCAUCUUCCUGCGCUUCCUGCCUGAGCUGCACAAAACGGGGACCUUCAAGUUGCAGAAGACAGAGCUUCGGAAGGAAGGCUUUGACCCGGCAGUUGUGAAAGACCCGCUGUUCUACCUGGAUGCCCGGAAGGGCCGCUACGUCCCGCUGGACCAAGAGGCCUAUACCCGCAUCCAGGCAGGAGAGGAGAAGCUGUGAUUUGCCCCGAGUCCCUCUAAGGGCCAGCGGGUGCUGGAUCCAGAGCCCCAGCUCCCACCCCAGAGGGGUCAUGGGCAGUGCCAGACCAAAGCAGGCAGGGCCCAGCACCUCCGCCCCGAGGUGCUGUGGCCCCCCUCCACCUCAAAACUGCCAAGUGACUCACUGCCGCCUCCCCCUGCCCCCCAGGAGGCUUUCUGUGAAAGCCUCAAGUCCAUAUUCCAUCUUCAAGGCCAGGUGGGGCCUCUGGGCCCCGAGACAGACCAGGCCCCUUAGGAUGAUGUCUUGGAUCAGGGCAGGGGUAGGUGGAGGGUCGCCCAGCACUCCCCAGAGCACAGGGAGCUUGUAAAUGGGACCAGGGCAGAAGCCCCCAGACUCAGGAAGCCAGCAGAGUGGGCAGGGGCUGCAGUGGCUAUUGAUCAGGUGGCCAAAGAGGAGGAUCCUGGCCCCGGAGCUGUUCCAGUGUCACUCAGCACUGCCCGCACCUCCAGGAGGAUCGGAGGAGGACCCCGACCUGCAGCAGGCACCCUGACUGAGUGCCCUCCCCCCCGCCAUCCUCCUCUCCUGGGUGGCAGCCUGGCUGCCCCUCAGGCGGGACCUUUGUCCUUGUAGGUCUGUCCACAUCACUUUCUCCAUCACAGUCCUGGGCUGGCUAUGAGAGGAGGAGGGGUGGGGGUGGGGGUCGUUCAGGGGCCAAUAAACUGCCUUCACUCCCCCUA